CUUCUUCCAGCCACUCACGAACACGUCACAACAAGCCACAAGGAGAAAAGACGACGCGCCGCCAUGUCCGAGAAGAGAGCGAGGAGGGAGGUGGAGGCGUUGCUGGCGCAAACGAAGCUGCCUGCAAAGAAGGAGAAACGGGUGAAGGACAAGAUCAGAGCCAUCGCCAACAACACGUGUGGGGAGAUAGCAGACUUGUAUGAUGCUGGCCUCGGCGUCAUUGGGGCGCGUGCGGUGGCCGAGGCGCUCAAGGACAACACCUGCCUCAAACGACUCUACCUGGACAACAAUUCCAUCGGCGAUGAGGGCGCUGUGGCGUUGGCGGAGAUGCUGAAGCACAACACGACCCUCAAAGAACUCUUCCUGUACAACAACUCCAUCGGCGAUGAGGGCGCCGUGGCGUUGGCGGAGAUGUUGAAGCACAACACGACCCUCAAAAGGCUCGACCUGGAUGGCAAUUCCAUCGGUCCUGAGGGCGCUGUGGCGUUGGCGGAGAUGCUGAAGCACAACACGGCCCUCAAACAACUCCACUUGACCAAGAACUCCAUCACCCCGGUUGGCGGUGCGGCGCUGGGUGCCGCACUGGACCAGAACCGCACCCUGUCUCGGCUUGAGAUCAACAAGAACUCCACCGCCACCGCCCGCGCCUUUGGUGCCGCGCUGCCCGUCGACCGAGAACUCUACACAGAUUGGAGUGGCGAUGAUGAGGGCAAGGCCGCCUUUAACGAAGCACGCGAGGAGAAGAAGCGGCAGCAUGAGCAACUGUUUGCCGCCUGCAGGGAUGGCGACGCUUCCGUUGUCACCUCCCUCAUGGAGCAGGACAAUGCAGACAUCAACCAACAGGACAAGCGGGGCGACACACCGCUGCACGUUGCCUGCAGGCACAACCAGCCCGCCGUCGUGGAGCUGCUCCUGAAGAAGGGCGCAGACACUGCCGUCAAGAACAUCAGGGGUGGAACACCAUUCAUGGUGGCGCAGAAACGCAAUUUCCACGCCAUCACCAGUAUCCCAGGGCUCGACCCAGACAGCAAACCCCAGCAACAACCACAGCAACAACAGCAACAACCAAAGCAAGAGCAGCAGCAGGCGGACAUGACAGCUUCAGACACACCAGAUACAGAGCAUGUGCACAGAGAGGCGGUGCAGGCGCGCAUGAUGGACAUUGCGGAGCGCUCCGACACGCACAUGGCGGGGCGAGCCAAGAUGGGAGUAUCUGGCCAGGGCCGCGCGGGCAAGACGACGCUUGUGAACUCGCUCAGGGGUAAGCCGUUCAACAAGCAGCAGCACUCCACGCUCGGCGCCACCACCGAUGACAUGAGAGUCACCGUCCACACCAUGGAAGUGUGCGACUGGAAGGAGAGUGACCAGAGCACGUCCGAGUUCAUCCGCAGUCUCGUUGGCACGGCGAUGGCACGCGAGGCCGGCGUGGACGAGGAGCUGAAGCGCGCGUCAGCAAAGGCACAGGCGCAGCACGCCACCCGUGUUAACCAGCACCAGCGCGAGAACGAGGACAAGGAUGCCAAGAAGCAGCGCAAGAAGGGCCGUGACACAUCCACAACUUCCACCCCCUCAUCCGACAAGGCGUCCACCGCAGCCGUGCCUGCACCUGCUGCAGGUCGUGAUGCCUCCACAGCAACGCCUGCAGCAAAGGAGCAGCACCCAGCUUCCAGCCACGCCGACGUUGGUGACGACGAUGCUGACGUCGUUGCCGUGACCACACCAUCCGUUUCGAAGGAGGAGGUGGAGAAGGCAAUCAAGGACAUGGACUUUGAUGCGACAAUUCGCGAAGGCAAGAUGCAGGUCUCCUUCAAGAUCUUCGACCUGGGCGGCCAGUCCACCUUCUACGUCUUUCACCCUUUCUUCCUCACCAAGUACGCGGUGUACCUGCUGGUGUUCUCGAUGGAGGACCUGCUGCACCAAGACGAGAGCAAGCGGACAGAGGCGUGGGAGUUUAUGGAGCACUGGUUGUCUUCUCUCCACCUCCACGCCAAGGGUGCACCCGUCCUCAUCGUCGGCACCUUCGCUGAUGUGGUCAGCAAGAGGAAGCAGCACGAACACAUCUCGCGUGACAUCCACAGCCGCCUGCGCCACAACCCAGCCUUCGCUUCUGUUGUGUACAACAGCAAGCACAAGCUGUGGUUCUGGCCCGUCGACAACACCAAGUCCAUCGGCGACCCCAUGAUCCAGGGCCUGCGCCAGACCAUCUCCUCCACAGCACUGGCGCAGGAGUACGUGAGCCAGGAGGUCGCUGUACCCUACCUCCACCUCUACGACAAGCUCAACGCCAUUGCCCGCGACGAGAAGCGGCCGCUGCUCACGUUUGACGAGGUGGUCCAGAUUGCGCGCACCUGUGGGCUGCGCACACGUGAGGAGACGAGGGCCUGCCUGCAGUUCCUGCACCUGUACUCCAUGGUGCUGUACUACGACAGCGUGCCAGGCAUGGAAGACUAUGUGAUCCUGAGCCCGCAGUGGGCGGUGGACACGAUGACGCGCGUCAUCCGCACGUUUGGCCUGCACGACGACGAUGUGCAGGGGCCGGAGGUGCGGGCACUCGGCGCCGACGUGUGGGACGACCUUGUCGACCGCGGCAUCCUGCACCGUCGUCUGCUGGAGGUGUUGUGGAGAGACGUGGACAGCGACUUGGUUGACCCGUUCCUGCGCCUCAUGAUGCAAUAUGGGCUGUGCAUUCAAUACUCUCCACCCAAGCUGGUGGACAGCCGCAGAGCACUCGCCCGCGCCAACUCCGGCCACGGUGACAACGAUGGUGUGAGCAAGGGCAAUGACGCACACCAACGCCAGCAGCACCAGCAGCAGCAAUACCUGGUCCCAGCCAUUCUGCCAAUGACGAUUCGCCACAACAACAGCACGAUGGCAUCCGUGUCGCUGAGCACGACGGCAGCACAGCAGGCCAACCCAUAUCUUGGACACGAGGAGAAGACGGCCUACGUCGCCUUCAGCCUGAAGCAAUUCAAGCGAAGUGCGAGCGUGCGAGCUGAGCAUGCACAGCACGCAUCGUUCCUGCCAGAGGGGCUGUUCACAGUUGUGCUGGCGCAUGUGAUGGCGCAUGCACAGCACGGCGCAUCACAGGAGCCGCAGCUGAGCCGCACCCACGCCAUCUGCUUCAUGGAGUCGACCAAGCUGGAGCUGCAGCUUGUGCCGGCUGUUGGCGGCAUCAAGAUGAAGAUCACGAGCGCACAGCCACGCGCCAUGCUGCACAUGCUGCACACCAUGAUCAGCGAGGCCGCCAGAGAGCGCUAUCCUGAGCUGAAGAGCAGCCUGUUGUUGCCGUACGACGACAAGACGCUGCUGUUCUUUGAGGAUGUGCUGCACCACCACAAGAGCAAGCAGGACAUGUGGGUGGACGAGCAGCUGCUGUCACCCGAUGACCUGGUCGCCAAGUACGGCCCUCUUCUGCCCGUUCUCGGCCUGCAGGACAAGUACGACGUCUUCAUCAGCUACAGGCAACGCGCCAACAGCGGGCUGGUGAUGGCGCUGCAUCCGCGCUUGGAGCAGCGCAACCUGGUGGCGUUCCUGGACGCCAACAACCUGGAGACGGGCCUCAACUUCAAGUUGUCGUUCAUGACGGCGAUUGGGCUGAGUCUGGUGGUGUGCCCCAUCGCGUCUGCUGCCACCAUCAUGCAGAUGAGGCAGCUGCAGCACAGCGACUACUGCGACAACGUGCUGCUGGAGUGGAUGACGAUGCUGGCGCUGCACGAGUUCCAGCGGGCGCACGAGGAAGAUGAGGAGCAGCAACAUGCCAAGAUCCGCCUUCGCCGUGUCGUGCCCGUGAUUGUUGGCAGCGCGUGGCACAAUGUGAACGAUAGCAGCAGCAUGAGCAGGGCCGAGGUGAGCGAGUACGACUCGUUUGACCGCCUGAAGCGGCUGGCGAUGACGUUGCCUGAUGUUGUAAGCAAGGAGACAGCCGUAGCGCUGGACCAGUAUUUCACGCAGGUGCUACACUUGCCACCGCCACAGCAGCACAAGAGUGUACGUGAGACUGUGUUGUCACUGUUUGACAUUGACGCGGUGGUUGCUUUGAAUGCUGUUGUGGACCGCACGUCACAGCUGCGCGACAUUGCAGAGAAGGUGCGCCAGGUUGCCGUCUCUGCCAGAAGCGACGAACAAACAACGCAGGAAGCAGGCACAGCACGUCGAUCCACGCAGCAGUCCUCCUUGUCGCUCUCGUCCACCACCGCGACAACUCCUGCUCCACCGCCACCCGCCACCCCAUCUUCCUCCUCGUCCUCCUCAUUGCCAUUUGAGCCAGAUCUCGUUCAAUGGCUCAACCGCCACUCGCUGCUGCCGCACGUCGAGUCCGCCCUGGUGGAGCACGGCAUCGACUGCCUGGAGGUGCUAGUCGUGUCUGUUCAUGAGGAUUUGCUCACGAUGCAAAUGUUGAAAGGUGCGGGUGUGAGAGUGGGCCACGCAGUCAAGCUGGUGCGAGAGGCAAUGAAGUGUUAUGUGGACGCAAGCUCAGCGUAUUAG